CACCAGAGAUCCAUAUAACUAGAUCGAACUGAACACUUCUCGCCACCCCAAAGCUUGCUUCCUUCACUGAGACAAGUCGUACUCUUUCCCCCCCUCUCUCUCUCUCUCUCUCUCUGCAAGGUUUCAACCAUGUCCAAGCUUUCAUGGCGGUCCUGCGUAACAAGCUGCUGGAGUAACACUGAUCAGAGCUCCGUGACGGAAACCAGGAAGGCUCAAACGACGGCAAGAUCCCCCCAGAAGAUGGCGUAUUCUCCGCUGUCUUCCGAGGGCUUGUCCUUGAGCGUUCCAGGAUCAGAUCUUCAUGUGUUCACCCUGGAGGAGCUGAAGGCCGCGACGAGGAACUUCUCCAUGACUAACGUCAUCGGGUCGGGCGGGUUCGGUCCUGUCUACAAGGGGUUCAUCGACGACAAUCUGCGGCCGGGGCUGCUGGCGCAGCAUGUGGCAGUGAAGUCGCUGGACUUGGAGGGGUUGCAAGGCCACAGGGAAUGGCUGGCUGAGGUUAUCUUUCUUGGGCAACUGCGGCAUCCCCACCUGGUGAGACUGAUUGGCUACUGCUGCGAAGAUGAGCAGAGGAUGCUGGUUUAUGAGUAUAUGGCUCGAGGAAGCUUGGAGAACCAUCUUUUCAAGAGACUUCUUGCCUCGUUGCCAUGGUCUACAAGGAUAAAGAUAGCAGUGGGAGCUGCCAAAGGACUUGCCUUUCUCCAUGAAGCUGAGAAACCUGUAAUCUACCGCGACUUUAAAGCCUCAAACAUAUUACUGGACUCGGACUACACGGCGAAGCUUUCAGACUUCGGGCUGGCGAAGAAUGGACCUCAAGGGGAUGAUACGCACGUCACUACGCGAGUCAUGGGAACGCAUGGCUACGCCGCGCCCGAGUACGUGAUGACCGGCCACCUGACGGCGAAGAGCGACGUCUACAGCUUCGGGGUUGUGCUCUUAGAGCUGCUCAGCGGGCGUCGGUCCGUCGACAAGAACCGGCCGAACCGAGAGAAGAACCUGGUGGAAUGGGCGCGGCCGUAUCUGAACAACCCCAACAGGCUCAGCCGCGUCAUGGAUCCCAACCUCGAAGGUCAGUACUCCUCCGACGGCGCACGGAAGGCAGCGGCGGUGGCUUACAGAUGUCUCAGCCUUAGCCUGAAAACGAGGCCUAAAAUGAGAGCCGUCGUCGAGGCCUUGGAGUCUGUCAUGGAGUUGAACGACGUGCCCAUCGUCGGCCCCUUUGUGUACACAGCACCUGAGGAGAAAGGAAACGAUGGUAAGGAGGAGAAGGAAACGGCUCCUGCAACAAAGUGGAGAGGGAGUCGCCAUGAUCAUCCCGGUGCAGCAGUUCAUUAUAUGGCCAACUUUAACAGGGAUAGUAAUAGAAUAGAAUAGAAUACAGCUGAAUUAAAGAUCAAUGGAUCAACCGCUUUCAUAUAUAUAUAUAUAUGAUCUCCAGUUUUUUGGUUCAUUAUUACGUCAAAUCAUAUGGGGUUAGGGAGUGGCGUAGUUAUAUGAUGCCAUGGUUGAGCUGCAGCCGCUUUCUGCUGCAUAACUUCUGUAAGAAAGGGGAGAAGAUAGUAAAAAAAAAGAGAAGUACUUUUAAUUUAUUCAAAAAUAUGUAUUUAUAUUAUUCAAAAGGAUAAAGUAUAAGUUUUUUAAAUAAAAAAAUUAAUCAUAAUGAAACAAAUCUUUUCAUCCUUAUUUAUUUAUCUUAAUCUAAGUUUUUAUCUUUU